GCAUUUUCAAUUGUGAUCUCAGACUUUUAGACUCUGCUGGAUCUCAAUGUCAAUAUUACACACAGAAGUGAAAGGUCAAGCUAACCUUUUGUCAAAAUAUGUUUUUCCAGCCUGGAUCUACAGAACCACUGCUGUCAGAAGUGGUUAUGAAUGUGAUGGUGUGCGCACCUCCGAAAAGCCCCUACGUUGUACAAAUGAUCGAGUGGUUUGAUCAGCCACAUCAGUUCGUCAUAGUAAUGGAAUAUCCACAUCCAUGUCAGACCUUGCUGAAAUUUACCAUGUGCCAUGGAAGUUGUCUGGAUGAAUCUGUGGCACGUGGUUUAAUGCGGCAAGCGGUGCUUGCAGCCAAACACUGCAUUGAACGGGGCAUCUUACACAAUGACAUCAAGACGGACAACAUGCUGGUCAACACAGAGACACUGCAGCUCAAACUGAUAGACUUCAGCUGUAGCAAACGUAUUAACAUGUCUUGCUCUGAAGAUCAUCAACAGGCGGUUGCAUCAACAGUCUGGUCUUUGGCUAUGGUACUUUUGGAGAUAGUAAGCGGAGACCAGCCCAUAAGUGUUUUUAUCCCCAAAGCACGUCAUCCUUUGAUACCAAAUUUUUCCAGUGGUGAGACAACAGCACUCAACAAUAAUACAAACAUACAUUUUUGGCACAAUAUCAGAGUGUUCAACUUCCCAGCUACUAAAAAUAAAAGGGAAAACUGAUAGACAGAAUACAUAAAAUUUGCUAUUUAAAGUACAGUAAGUGUAACACACAGGAGAUUGUCCCUGCUUAAAAUUGAAUACAGUACGAAAUACUAUGUUUUUCAGAAGCUUUUCAUACUUGACUACAUGCCUGUGCUAUGCUGUCAUAAAGAGCAUACAUGACUAACCAGCCUUUUCCUCUUUGAAAACUUGUACAGAGUUUCAAGAUCUGAUAGAGCAGUGUCUGGUCAGGCAUCAAACCAAGACAUUAGAGCAGAUUUUAGAACAUCAGUGGUUUAAGCAGGACUGAGGGAAGACAGAGGAUCAGGAGGCAGGUUGUGUAACAGCUUGAGGGAAGGCAGAUACUAACCAACUCUUCAGUAAAAAAAAACCCAGAUCAUUCAUCUGUAGAGAAUAGCUAGCAGACAGCACUUUACUGAAGACCGGACUUUCACCUUUCACCAGUGGCAUUGAAUAUUACACCUAAUAUUUAGAUGACAUUUUGCCAAGACAAAUUUGUCAAGAUUCUAGUAUUUGGUUUUUCUCAAAAAUCCUAGAUAAUUGUGCACUUUGGAGAAAAACUAA